ACUACUACGAGAUCAAUACAAUACUCUAAAUUCUUAACAUCCGUUUACAAGGCGUGUUUUCGAUCCCUCGACCGACCACACGCCACCCACAAAAUGGCCAUGAAGAGUAUUGCCUUGGUUGUCCUUGUAGUUGCUGUCUGCAUAAGCGCAGCAAUGGCUGCUGAACCUGUAAAAGGCGCCGCAGCCGCCAACGCUGAACCUGUAAAGGGCGCCGCAGCCACCCCCACAGCAGCCACCCCUGCCGCAGCCACAACCGCUGCAGCCACCCCCGCUGGCACCCCCACCGCUGCAGCCGCAGCUGGCCCUGGAGCUUCUGCUCCAGCACCUAGUGGAAGCAACAUGAACGCCGUUGGAUCUCUGGUUGGAGCUUCACUCUUGUCCUUCUUGGCCAUUUACUUGAACUAAAUUGUUAAUUAAGUGAUAAAAUAGGACGAGAGAAGUACUUGAUCAUCUUUUUAAUUAGGGUGUGUGCAUGUAAUUAAUAUGUUCCCCAAUAAAUGAAGCUAUAACGCUAUUUACUCAUA